UGUCACCUUCAGUGUCAAGUGUCAAAACUGUCAAAGUUGUCAAAUUAUUAUUGCUUAAUGUAAAAUAAUAAUGAAUGCUUCGAAUGGAAGCAAGUUGAACUUGCUUUUCGACAAAUUUAAUGAAAUGAGUAAUAGCAGCAAUAAUGUAUUCAAAGGCCGUUCAGCCCCGCCAGACAAGUUAAAUUUAAAUUUGAAGAGUAUAGGUGAACGAAGGAGACAACACCUGUCUUUUGGACAUCAACAGUCGAUGCACAAUGAGGAACUAGAUAGUAAUGACAAACGAUUGAAGGAGAUUAUGAAAGGCAGUGGCAAACUGAAGAUAGGAGGACGUAUUUAUGAUACAGACAUUAAAGACUUGCAGCAAAUUGAGGAGCUGGGGAACGGCACCUGUGGCCAUGUUGUGAAAAUGAAGCAUAUACCAAGUAGUGAAAUUAUUGCAGUUAAACAAAUGAGGAGGACUGGGAACACAGUGGAGACUAAACGAAUUUUAAUGGACAUUGAAGUGAAUGAAUCCCAUGACUGUCCAUAUAUAGUUCAAUGUAUAGGUUGUAUUAUAACGGAGGCGGAAGUAUGGAUUUGCAUGGAGCUGAUGGCAAUGUGCUUUGACAAGUUACUUAAGAGAUUGAAGCAGCCAAUUCCAGAGCAUAUAUUAGGCAAAGUCACUGUUGCAACUGUUAAGGCUUUAGCUUAUUUAAAAGACAACUGCGAUAUAAUACAUCGCGACGUUAAGCCUUCCAAUAUCCUUUUGGACGAGAGAGGGAACGUGAAGCUGUGUGAUUUCGGUAUUAGUGGCAGACUUGUGGAUUCUAUGGCAGCUACUCGAGGUGCCGGCUGUACGGCCUAUCUGGCGCCGGAAAGGAUCGAGAUAAAUCCGGAUCAUCCUGAUUACGAUAUCAGGGCGGACGUUUGGUCUUUAGGCAUCACCCUGGUCGAGUUAGCAACGGGGGUAUUCCCCUAUCAAGAUUGUAAGACUGAUUUCGAGGUCUUGGCCAAAGUCGUCGACCAGGACCCGCCCAAACUACCAGAAGACAAGGAAUUCUCCAAGGAGUUCCGCAGUUUCGUUGAAUGCUGUUUGAUUAAAGAUCAGCAGCAGAGGCCAAAGUAUGUUAAGCUCAAGGAAGAGCCAUUCUAUAAGAAUUAUGAGACUGUCGAUGUAAAUGUGGGACGGUGGUUCGCUGCGGCAAUGCAUCCGGGCGAACCAAGGAGGCAAAUGAAAUCGCCACAAGUGAGUCAACUUAGGAAGGUUUUUCAUAUGAGGCAACACUCUGAGCCGCCGCCAGUGCGAAACAACUAUUUGAACGGUGCCACCAGACACGAACCAGCAGCGCCCGACGCGAUGGAUGGCGGCGGCGGAAGAAGCGGAGGGCACAUUUCGCGAUUCACCAAUUUUAUAACGAAUCAAGCGACAGAACAGCCCCAAACGUCGUGUCCUUUCAGAUCCUCGCAGCGUUGGAACUCGCCAAUGUCGCAGAGGAAUUACGCACAACCCCCAGACACCACCCUUCCCUAUAACAGUGGGAACACUAGUCCCAUCGUCCUGCAACGCUAUUUCCACCAGCAGAAACAGCAACAGCAGGCGAAGGAGGCCGAGGAGCUGGCCAAAACCGAUGCAGGUAGAAGACGGAUACCAGCUUCAUAUUUUAAGCAUGUAAAUAGUGAGCGCGGUGGAAGCGCAAGGUCCUCACGGCACCAAAGCCCCGAUCCGCCACCUCGUUACAAUCGCGGAAUCGGCGAUAGUCCAUUGGCCAGUAGGAGGACCUUCUUGGAAAGCACCUCUCCAGGAUUGUCUAGAAGGAACAUCAGUCCUAUGCCACCGAUGCCCCCGCCGCGACGCCUCUCCGAGAGCUCCUCCGUGCCUGGUUCGCCGCAACACGUUCGGGCCAAAUUCCGAUACACGCCUGAACCCCACCGGCGCCACUUCCAUUGCACCAAUCGCGACGUUUCAUAACGAAAGCUCCACCCUUAGUUACGCCCAACCCCACCCAACUCCUCCCAUUUUUAAACUUCAUCAUACUAUUUUUUCCUUUCCUCGUGAUCCCGUCUCGCAGCAGAAGAGAGAAACAGCAAGAAUUAUUUUUAACAUUUACUAGUCGACAUAAACGUGGCCAAGAUCAAAAAAAAAAAGGAC